AUGACGAAGGCAGGCGCCGAAGAUGCACAACCUCAAAAGGCGCGGUCCGCCAAAAACCACGCUCCACCACCACCCCCAACCGUUCGUGAGCCAGAAGAUGGGGGGGAGGAAUACAUCACUGGCAAAUUUCUUGGAAAAGGGGGAUUUGCCGUAUGCUAUGAGGGAAGACUUGCGCGAAGCAAUAAGGUAUAUGCGAUGAAAGUGGUGAAGUCGGAAAUGAACCAGAAGAAAAUGGAGGAAAAGUUCCGAACCGAGCUCCAAAUACAUUCAAAAAUGUGCCAUCCCAAUAUCGUGGGUUUCUAUAGGGCAUUUUCCUUCGAACAAAACACUUACGUCAUUUUGGAACUGUGCCCUCACGGCUCCGUUAUGGACAUGGUGAGGAAGAGGAAAUGCCUAAGCUUGCCUGAGGUCAGGAGAUUUAUGAUUCAGCUUUGCGGAGCUGUCAAAUACAUGCAUAAAAGAAACGUGGCUCACCGGGACCUGAAAAUGGGAAAUCUAUUUCUCGAUAGAAAUAUGGAUAUCAAAGUUGGAGAUUUUGGUCUAGCUGCUAUCAUCCUCUCGGAAAAGGACGAAAAGAGACGGAGAACGUUGUGCGGAACUCCGAAUUAUAUCGCGCCUGAAGUUUUGGAUAAAAGCAAAGGAGGCCAUAAUCAAAAAGUCGAUAUAUGGUCCCUCGGUGUAAUCUUCUCCUGUCUGAAUUUGAAUGAGGAAGAACGACCGGAACCCGACCAGAUUGUUGAUCACGCAUUUUUUAAUAUGUAUAGUGGCUGUAUACCACGUCAAUUGGACCCGGCCACACGAGUUGCUCCGCCUACCUGGCUGACAACUCAAGAUCCUCGAGGGGAUCGCAUGAGUUACGGAUAUAGCCUUGACCAUGACUCGAAGUAUCUAGGGAAAAUUUCCUAUACGAAAAACUCUGACGAGCGGUAUCUUAUUUGCAAAAACCAGUUUUACACAGAAUGUGGGGUUGGUAGGACUUCAACCGGAUCAAUCAGGAGACCGGCAGGGAAACGAUGUUCCAAAUCUGCUUUCGCUGAAUGUGCUGCUGAAGAAGAGAGAGGAAUGCAGCCCAUCGUACCAAUACCACAGGAUCGAGUUUACAGCUGCUACACUGGACCAAAUGGGGAUUGGAGUCAUACAGCCGAAGAGGACGCUGCUCAACCUGAUCCUGAUAGCCCCGUUGAUGACGAGCCGCUUCCUAGAUCACGUACCUCAUCCCUUAAACAACAAGCUGCGGCGGCUGCCCGCACAACAUCUGCUUUGGUUGCACAAAUUCGCCGCAAAGAGACUCAAACCCAAAGCCAUGCAGCACUCCUACGGCAGCAGGCUGUGUCACAACGACAGUCAAGGAACCCAUCAUCCUCCCAGCACCGUCAAGCUGAUCUCAGAGAAGCCGUAGAAAAUGAUACCUUGGGCGACAGCAUUCCUCCCCAGCGGCUGCUAAAUGAGAGACCGAUCCGGACGCGGAGGGUGGCAUCUGGCUAUUCUGCAUCCGUCCGCGACACGAACGUAUUGUCCACUUCCGCAUUGACUAAAUCCACUUCAGAACCAAUAAAUUUGACAAUUGGGAAAACGAGGUCUCAAUCGAGGCAGCAAAUCGCAGCGUUAACACAGGGAAAAAACCAGUUAGCACCGGAAACUAAACUUGAAGUCAAAAUGCUUGAUAUCAACGAUAAAGAUAAUGGCAUACAUAGCUCGGUUCGCGGUAUGCCUGUGAGGACCGUGAGAAUCGAUCCUCGCGAGACAGAAAGACAGCGACCGCCGGAAUAUCCAGAAAGCACUCAAAAACAAGAAUCCCGUGAGACGAAGCGGGACGAAAGAUCCAGGAACACAAACAGCAAUGGCAGUUAUGGCAGCAAAUCUACCAACUCUAACAAAUCACGAUCCACACUCGGACUAAGUCCUCUAAUACAUCCCGACGAACAUCCAGAGCUCAUGCCAGGGACGACCGCGCGUGAAGUUCUAGGCGAUUUGAAAAGCUACCUUCGACACUUCGACCGAUUGGAAUCAUGGAGAACAUCGACUUCAAGGGCAUGGAAACGUCAGCAAUUUCCGUCACUUUCUGACCCACAUCCUUACGUCGUCAAGUGGGUGGAUUAUACGAAUAGGUACGGUAUCGGAUACGUUUUGGAUGAUGGGAGUGUGGGGUGCGUUUUCAAGGGAGAGCACGGACGCCCGGCAAGUUGCGUGGUGGUCCGGGAUGGAGAACGGCAUAUCCGCCGGAAAGCAUAUUCGAAGGAAAACCCCCGCAUUGCAUAUGCCGAUGCUAAUCAACUUGUUCCAAGAAAUGGUCAACCUGUGGAGUUUUAUGAGAACGCUGAUGUGCAAGACAAUUCUAACUAUGAGGGUGGAGUGAGAAGGGUUCUCGUUCGACCGGAUGCAUUUGAAGUGAGGAACCAAAAUGGCCCCGGUGGGCCAGGCAUAAAGGUUCGCAUGAAUUGUGGGGUAGACUCUGCAAGGUGCGAUGCGGAGAAAGUCAAACGGGUCAAGCUGGUCGACCAAUUCGGUAAAUACAUGAUUGGAACUUUAGGAAGAGGUGUAGAUGACGACUGUCCUCCCGAGGAUGAGAGGAGCCGCAACAGGUUUUCCAGCGAAAUUAAUCAAUAUGUCAAAUUCUAUCAGCGCUUAGGAAAUGUUGGCAUCUGGGGUUUUGGAGACGGAGCAUUCCAGUUCAACUUUCCGGAUCAUACUAAACUUGUUAUCUCGCUCUCGCCUCAUGGAUCGCAAGGCUCAUCGGAGUUACGGCCUUGCCAAACUGAUUUUUAUCAUCUUUCACCCUCUGCAUCACGCUACCUAGCAACCAGGGGUAGAAUGCACCCAGCAGGCUUCGAUACAAGGGCCGUUAUAUCUGAAAAUCUGGACACUUAUCUCGCCGCUCUCUCGGGCCACACGACUCACCCGUCCGGGAUUAGUAGCAGCCGGUUUUGCGAUAUAUUGGAGGCAAAUGCCUUCCGCGAAAAGCUUGAGUUCAUUCAACAGGUUCUGCGGAGCUGGUUUGAGAGUAGAAGAUUAGGAAGCAGAGUAUUGCUUCGCAAAGGGUUAUCUGCUCCUAUGGAUAGCAACUCCAACAAAACCAUUCCCGACGAAUUGGCGUCCACACGAGAAUACCGUGGCGAGAUAUUUUGGCAUGGUACUCAGGAGAAAUCGUGGAUGACACCGUCAGGGGGUAAAUUUGUGUGGGUUACAGUUGGUGCCUAUGGUGGCGACGGCGAGUAUUUUGCCGUACAACUCAAGGGCAAUCCUGAAGGCGGAGCAGUCGAGUGUAUUGGUGCCGAACAGAUGAAAGAGCUACAAGAUCAAUUGAUGGCAAUGACUGUGCAAUCUGCUCAGUAG